AUGGGACGAAAAAGCUUUUCCAAUGCUACUCCUCUGGACAAUUAUCGCCGAGCAAUAGGUCCGUCUGCUUGCCAUUCCCGAACAUUUAUGCAUUUUCAAGACUUGCGUGACCUGUGUCAGUUAACUCUUGAACUUGCCUCCAAAUUUCUCCUUGCCAUACGAUAUUUUCGUGCAUGUUUGAUCGACUUUUACUCUCAUCCAUCCUUUUUCCUCUCAGGCAGCAACCAGCGAAAAAUAACGAAAACUGAUCUAACUAGUCUGCGAGCCAAAGUCGACCGGAAGAGGUCUGCAAAACCAUUUUACGUAAGAAAAGAUAGUUUCAUUUUCCCCACGUUUUUCGAACUCGAGUAAGAUACAGAUACUGAUUUGGUGAUUUAAACUUUGCGAAGUUCCCAGGCUAUCGCCAGUUUUCUUCUCGCUUUUAGAAAGUCUGAAUGCAGUUUUGCAGUCAGGGGACUUGCUAAGGUAGAUCGAGAAAUGCAAACUCUGUCGUAUGCUCAAACAAGUGUUAUGUCUACAGGGGUUCCAGACCACGUCGAAUGUUUUAAUGUAGAUGAUGUAGCACCGAGGCGCAUGGUCUCCUAAGCUCCAGCCUUUUCGACCACUGAGCUCGCGUUUAUCUCCAGCCGCCUUGGUUACGUCUUGACAUGGGGGUAGCGGGUGAGGGAGAGAGAGAGAGCGGUUUGGAUUCUUCCCAAGUCUGCUUCGCUGUAAACAAAUUAUUAUGCAAGUGACCACUGUGUCCUAUCUGGCACAGCGGUGGUUCUCGCAGCGUGCAGCGAACGACUUUGUAUUUACCUCAGGGGUUUCAUAGCUGAUCAGUGACAGAAAAUGUCGCCGCCUCUGAUGAUGGGUUCAAGCGAGAAUCGCAAACGUCAGGUGAAUAAAGCCCUUGUUCCAGCGAUCGCUUCCACUUCUUAUCAGUCCAAGAACCGCCUGCAACUCUUGAUGGACUGUGUGGAACUGGGCGUUUAGCUGACAUCGUCUCCUUCGUCUCCAGUUAGGCAGCAAUUCCGGGCUCGGACUGUCAACGGUCGAUGAACAAGCUGUCCAGACUACCUUGGUCGUUUUUCUUGAAUGGUCUGAAGCAUCCAUCAUGCUAUCGCGUAGACUGUAGACUACCGAGACGAAUUUCGUCUGCUUCACACGACUGAUAAUUCUAGGCCAACGAUAGUUCAGGACAUCUGCGUUUCACUUGUCUAUUCUUUCAUGUCAAACAUUCACUAAACGGACGGUUACCUUGUACGCGCGGAUUCUACUGGCGACUGAGCCAUCGCAACAACUCAAUCGACGUCCUCGAAUGCUUCCAAAGAUUCUGAGAGCAGCAUCGGUUCGAGUACCGAUGUCGUCCUGGCAGUGUCUGUUAACCAAAUAUUUAACAUCGGGCUGUCUUAAACCAUCUGCUUCUUCAAACGGUUUAUUGCGAAUCACGGGAAAUACCUUCUGGGCAGAUAGACAGCGGCGUUGCUGAAUGAGCCGAUCGCGCAGUCGUGCGCUCUCUUCGUCAGCCACCGCAACGACCUUGUAGAUUGAGACCAAGCAGAAAUCCUUUAAUCCCACAGGCGUCAGUCCACUUGUGACAAUCAGGUCGAUUAUCAGAAACACCAUUGUAGUCUCUGUAUGAAUGACUACUACUACUACUACUACUACUACUACUACUACUACUACUACUACUACUACUACUACUACUACUACCACCACCACCACCACCACCACCACCACCACUACUACUACUACCACUACUAACACUACUACCACUACUACCACUACUACCACUACUACUACUACCACUACUACUACUACUACUACUACUACUACUACUACUACUACUACUACCACCACCACCACCACCACCACCCCUACUACUACUAUUGCCAGUCUGUUUGCCCGUAAUAAAUAAUACAUGACGAAAUGCGACAGACGUUGCCAUGAUCGAUGUGAAGUUUUUUUGCAGAAAGAGGCUCGAUGCCUGGGUGGAUGUCUGGAAAUGACAUCUUUUAUGUCCCCCCCCUACAGUGGAUAAGCUAUCUCAUGAAAUGUUGACUGAGAUUCUGGAAUGUGUUUUCAGUUCCAAAGUAUUACUUGAGUAGGGUUGUACUAUUAAUUGUCAUGUGGUGUAGUGUUAAGAUAUUCCAGUUACGUCAUGGUGCCGGCCUUCUAAUGAGCAUUUUAUCGGUCGCUUGCACAAACUGGAUUCCGCAAAAAUGACUGCGUAAGUAGUAUGUAUUCUUACCCAUGGUUUCUGACAUGAUUAUAAAUUCAAAUAUAUUAUGUAGAAAAAAUGCACAAGAAUAUUCUUUCUUCCAUUUAUUUGAUAGUAAAUCACAUCUUCAGAUUCUGUACGUGACGAAAGACUACUUUUCGGUAUUAAAAAACUUUCUCAAUUCCCGAAUAAUUUCGAAUGUGACCUGCCGUUACACUUGCACUCGAGGUUUCCGAAUAACGAGCUGCAUACGUGAACCAUGCUGUCCACUUCAUAAGCAACAUUAAUAAACGUGUUGAUGCGAUGCUGUACGAUUUGGCAUUUCACGAUCUUGAAAAAUCUCAUAAUUACAAACUUUCUUCAAACCAAAAGAUACUCCUUUUUUCCGGAAUAAUAUUUGAUUAAGACGUACUUAUUACUAAACAAACACAAGAAAGAAUUUUUGUGCAUAUUUUCUGUAAAGUAUAUUUGAAUUGAUAAGGGUCAAAAAUAAGUAGUCAAUGUGCAUGCUACUUAAGUAGCUAUUCUUUACGGAAUGUAGUUUGAAAGCCGGAAUCCUGUCGUGACUGGAAUAUCUUGGUAUUUUACCAAGCUAUAAUUAGUAUUGCAGGACUACGUAGGUAGUCUAUUCGACUUGAAAACGCAUUUCAGAAUUUCGGUUAAUAUUUCAACUCACUCUGACGCCACAACAGAUGCCUGUUUCUGCUCCUGCAACGAGAUUUCACCAAGACAGGGGUGAUUGUGUCGGAUCGCAUGGUAACUACUCUCUCCUCUUCCUCUCUCUCUCUCUGUCUCUCUCUCUCCCUCUCUCUCUCUCUCUGUCUCUCUCUCCCUCUCUUUCUCUCUCUCUCUCUCUGUCUCUCUCUCUCCCUCUCUCUAUCUCUCACUCAUCUCUGGCAGUCUUUUUCUCGGUUCAGAUGACCGGCGAAUGUCUUGCCGCAAAUGCUGUGACGCUUUCCCUACUCUUGCAGGAUCUAGUAAUGACCUUUGGCAUUGCCAUGAGCUGUGGCGUUUUCCUCUCCCUCAUCGCCUAUGCCAUUCUCGACUACCUCAAAUCCCGAGAAGUGACUGCCAUACCCUAA